AGCAGAGAGGUGUCAUGGUCCAAUUUGUGUUUUUCAAAGCUCACUCUAGUCCCUGUGGGGACAAGGGGUGGUUAGACUAAGGAGAGGCAGCAGGGAGGCUGGCGAGGAGGUGGCUGUGAUCCAAGCGGGAAGGACCGAGCCACAGUGGCAUUGCUGGGCCCGCUCCCUCUGCCUCUGACCCCAGCCCCUCGCUGGGCACACGCAGCCCCGGUGUGCAGGAGGCCUGCGCGAGCGCGGUCCCCUCUUCCGCUCCAGACACAGCGCCCUGGGCAUACCUGACAGGGAGAGGACCUGGACAGUGACAAAGCCGGUGCUCAGCCUCCUCCCUCCCACCGUCUGUCCCUAGAACAGAACCUCAUUAUAGUCACACGAGCCCAGAGCAUCAGCACAGCACUGCAGUUUGCCUGCAGUAUUUAUUCUUGUCGUGUAAAAACUAGUUUCCAUCGGAGGGGCUGGAGAGCUGCGUGUGUGCCGCAGGGUGGCCGUGCCGAGUCAGGGAGGGAUGAGCAAAUCUGUGACCCGCCGCGGGGAGCGGGGAGUAGGGAUGUCCAAAAUGGACAUCUUGCCGGGUGGCUGAUGCUGGAAGGCGGGCCUGGGUGAACUUCAGAUGUGCCAGUGGAAAUAAGAUCUGACCACACCUCGUAGGACUGUGUCAUGAUGUGUCGUUAGCACAUGAGGAAACUGAGGCACAGAGAGCUGAGGAUAAGGACCAACUCAGGCAAGAUCUGAGCGAUAUGGAGCAUUUGUGCAUGCGUUGAUUUAUACACGUACCUUUUUUUUAAUUCAACAAAUGUAAACUGAGUGCCUCCUAUGGACCGGUCACUGUGCUUAGGCUGGUGAUACAGGACGAACAAGACAGAUAAUGAACAAAGUCAAGUUUUGGAUAAGUGACCAGAAGGUAGCUUCCUAGCGGCCAAAGCACUGAGGGAAACCUGAGCAAUUACAAGCUCCGUCAUAGCCGCAAGAUGCCGAUAUGUCAAUUGCUCAGGAGAAGCCCAGGUUUUCCUGGCAAAAUGAUUGGGAUGCCUGUGUCCACUGUGAUUUGUUGCUGAUCUGACAGGGGCAGCUUGGACCUGUGUGUAUCUCACAGGUAAAGAUGGACCAAAGCAGAGAAUGACUUUAAAGACAAACUAAACACACCUACCGGAGACUCCUUUUUCACGCAUUUCCUGCAUUCUUUCUCCAAGCUUUUGCCCAUGUCAUCCUCCCCACUGCCACCCUGCCCCACACACACUCCUUUUCUUCCAUCUUUAACCACACCUUGAGGGUCAGGUGGUGACGCCUCCCCAGGGUGGAGUGGCGCAGCAGAUGUCUGUCCCCUCUCUGACCGCCAAUGCUGUCCCCUCAGACUGCGAGGAGCUGCUGCCGCCGUUUCCGACCCCCAUGGCCUACAUGCCGGGUGGAGGUGCCCCAGCACCGGGGGUGGCCCCCGUGGGCUCCCAGUACUGCGUGUGCAAGGUGGAGUUGUCAGUGAGCGGCCAGAACCUGCUGGACCGGGACGUCACCUCUAAGUCCGACCCCUUCUGUGUCCUCUUCACAGAGAAUAAUGGCAGGUGGAGCGAGUAUGACAGGACAGAAACUGCAGUCAACAACCUCAACCCCGCUUUCUCCAAGAAGUUCGUCCUUGACUACCAUUUUGAGGAGGUGCAGAAGCUCAAGUUUGCCCUGUUUGACCAGGACAAGUCCAGCACGCAGCUUGAGGAGCAUGAUUUCCUGGGCCAGUUCUCCUGCAGCCUGGGCACGAUCGUCUCCAGCAAGAAGAUCACUCAGCCUCUGCUGCUGAUGAAUGACAAACCUGCGGGGAAGGGCUUGAUUACGAUUGCUGCCCAGGAGCUUUCAGACAAUCGGGUCAUCACGCUGAGCCUGGUGGGCAGGAAGCUGGACAAGAAGGACCUCUUUGGGAAGUCAGACCCAUUUCUCGAGUUUUAUAAACCAGGAGGUGAUGGCAAGUGGAUGCUGGUCCACAGGACUGAGGUGAUCAAGUACACUCUGGACCCCGUGUGGAAGCCAUUCACUGUGCCAUUGGUGUCCCUGUGUGAUGGGGACGUGGAGAAGCCCAUUCAGGUUAUGUGCUAUGACUAUGACAACGACGGGGGCCAUGACUUCAUCGGUGAGUUCCAGACCUCGGUGUCACAGAUGUGUGAGGCUCGUGACGGCAUCCCGCGGGAGUUUGAGUGUAUCAACCCCAAGAAGCAGAAGAAGAAGAAGAACUAUAAAAACUCGGGCAUCAUUAUCCUGCGUUCCUGCAAGAUAAACCGGGACUACUCCUUCCUGGACUACAUCCUGGGAGGCUGCCAGCUCAUGUUCACUGUUGGGAUAGACUUCACAGCCUCCAAUGGAAAUCCCCUCGACCCUUCCUCUUUGCACUAUAUCAACCCCAUGGGCACCAAUGAAUAUUUGUCAGCCAUCUGGGCUGUUGGGCAGAUCAUUCAGGACUAUGACAGUGAUAAGAUGUUUCCAGCUCUUGGCUUUGGGGCGCAGUUACCCCCAGACUGGAAGGUCUCCCAUGAGUUUGCCAUCAACUUUAACCCCACCAACCCCUUCUGCUCAGGCGUGGACGGCAUCGCCCAGGCAUAUUCGGCUUGCCUGCCCCACAUCCGCUUCUACGGUCCCACCAAUUUCUCUCCUAUCGUCAACCACGUGGCCCGGUUUGCGGCCCAAGCCACGCAGCAGCAGACAGCCAUGCAAUACUUCAUCCUCCUUAUCAUCACGGACGGUGUCAUCAGCGACAUGGAGGAGACGCGGCACGCCGUGGUGCAGGCCUCCAAGCUGCCCAUGUCCAUCAUCAUCGUGGGCGUGGGUAACGCCGACUUCGCUGCCAUGGAGUUCCUGGACGGGGACAACCGCACGCUGCGCUCCCACACAGGGGAGGAGGCAGCUCGCGAUAUCGUGCAGUUCGUGCCCUUUCGAGAAUUCCGCAACGCGGCAAAAGAGACCUUGGCGAAAGCUGUGCUGGCAGAGCUGCCCCAACAAGUUGUUCAGUAUUUCAAGCAUAAAAACCUGCCCCCCACCAACUCGGAGCCUGCCUGAGUGCCAGCCCCCACCCAGCAGCAGCAUGCCGGCUGGGCCUCCCACCCUCCCCAGGAACAUGCACGCUCACCCUACUUCCUUGUGGGUGGCCUUUUUUUUUUUUCUUUUAAACUGAUCCACAUUUUUAUUUUCUACAACUGGACCUCCACACCCCCAACUUCCUGCAGCCCAGCUGGGCUUCCUUUAUUGGAGUCGAUUGAUGAUACUUCCAGGCCAAACCGGCUUCCUCUCCUCCUCUCCCCACCCUUGCCACUCUUAAGUAUUGAAUGUACUUUGUAUAAUUUUAGUGGAAUUGUUAUUAAAGAGAAUAAAAUUUUUACAAUCAUAA